UAAAAAACUGUUGUCUCAUCGCCCGCUUCAGUUCGUUUAAAAAAAUAAACAAAAUUGUAUCAAGAAUUUUAGGCAAAAGUAAUAGAAACAUUUUGGAGUUAUUAAGAUGAACAUAGAUGUAGGAAUACCUGGGGAUGGUGACGGUCCCGGUUUUCAUUCGUACUUCACACAGAAAAUAUCAGAACUGCAGUUUACAGUCAUCGAGCGGCAGAAGAACUUGCUGCGUUUGCAGGCUCAACGCAAUGAACUCAACUCGAAGGUUCGCUUGCUGCGUGAGGAGCUACAGCUGCUCCAGGAACAGGGCAGCUAUAUUGCCGAGGUGGUAAAGCCCAUGGAUAAAAAUAAGGUUCUGGUAAAGGUCCAUCCCGAGGGAAAGUACGUGGUGGAUGUGGACAAGGCCAUCAAUAUUAAGGAUGUGACGCCCAAUUGUCGCGUUGCCCUUCGGAAUGAGAGCUAUACCCUUCACAAGAUCUUGCCCAACAAAGUGGAUCCCUUGGUGUCGCUGAUGUUGGUGGAAAAGGUUCCCGACUCCACCUACGAAAUGGUGGGUGGGUUGGACAAGCAAAUCCAGGAGAUCAAGGAGGUGAUCGAGUUGCCCGUUAAGCAUCCGGAAUUAUUUGAUGCUCUGGGCAUUGCCCAGCCAAAGGGAGUCCUCCUCUACGGACCUCCUGGCACCGGAAAAACUCUUUUAGCCCGGGCGGUGGCCCAUCAUACAGAGUGCACUUUUAUCCGGGUUUCCGGAUCGGAAUUGGUGCAAAAAUUCAUAGGCGAAGGUUCGCGGAUGGUGAGGGAACUCUUCGUGAUGGCCCGGGAACAUGCUCCUUCCAUCAUAUUCAUGGACGAGAUUGAUUCGAUUGGUUCCGCUCGGUUAGAAACCGGAACUGGUGACUCGGAGGUGCAACGCACCAUGUUAGAACUGCUCAAUCAACUGGAUGGCUUCGAGGCCACCAAGAAUAUCAAGGUUAUCAUGGCCACCAAUAGGAUAGAUGUCUUGGAUCAGGCUCUACUGCGACCCGGUCGCAUUGAUCGCAAAAUAGAGUUUCCCCCACCGAAUGAGGAGGCCCGGCUGGAUAUCUUAAAGAUCCAUUCCCGCAAGAUGAACCUAACUAGGGGCAUAAAUCUUCGUAGGAUCGCCGAACUUAUGCCCGGGGCUUCGGGAGCCGAGGUCAAAGGGGUUUGCACCGAGGCCGGGAUGUAUGCGUUGAGGGAGAGACGCGUCCAUGUCAACCAGGAGGACUUCGAAAUGGCCGUGUCCAAGGUCAUGAUGAAGGACUCCGAGAAGAACAUGUCUAUAAGAAAGUUUUGGAAGUAGCUUCGGUAUAUUUCAAAUCAGUCCAUUAAA